AUCCUAUAAGUGGUACAAGUUUUUGAAAAUGGAAAAUCGAAGUGGUUAGAUCAUGGAAACCUGAGUAGAAAAUAUAUACUAAAUCUCUAUAUAAAGAGAAGCGUCCCUUUGAUCUCCACGUUCUUCGGCAAGACCAUUUUCUCUCUUCUUCUCUGUCACACCUCCUUCACUCUCUCUCUUUGUUAACCGUAAAUUGCAAGGCUAUUCAUUUCAUAGCAGAUAAACAUGGUGAAGAUUUGUUGUAUUGGUGCUGGCUAUGUUGGUGGGCCCACCAUGGCGGUGAUUGCUCUGAAGUGUCCAGAAAUUGAAGUAGCUGUAGUUGACAUUUCUGUGGCACGAAUCACUGCCUGGAACAGUGAGCAACUCCCCAUCUAUGAGCCAGGCCUUGACGGUGUGGUGAAGGAGUGUAGAGGAAAGAAUCUUUUCUUUAGUACUGACGUGGAAAAACAUGUUUCGGAGGCUGAUAUAGUCUUUGUAUCAGUUAAUACCCCAACCAAAACCCAAGGACUUGGAGCUGGCAAAGCAGCUGAUUUGACUUAUUGGGAGAGUGCUGCUCGAAUGAUUGCAGAUGUAUCAAAAUCCGAUAAAAUUGUUGUUGAGAAAUCAACUGUCCCUGUGAAAACAGCUGAGGCAAUUGAAAAAAUUUUGACCCACAACAGCAAAGGAAUCAACUUUCAGAUUCUAUCGAACCCCGAAUUUCUUGCCGAAGGAACUGCAAUUCAAGACCUUUUUCAUCCAGAUCGUGUUCUAAUUGGUGGCAGGGAGACUCCAGAAGGACAAAAAGCAAUUGAAACAUUGAAAGGUGUUUAUGCCCAUUGGGUCCCUGUGGAACAAAUUAUAUGCACCAACCUUUGGUCUGCCGAGCUCUCUAAACUUGCUGCAAAUGCCUUUUUGGCACAGAGGAUUUCCUCUGUCAAUGCCAUGUCAGCCCUCUGUGAAGCCACCGGUGCAGACGUUGCCGAAGUUUCACAUGCUGUUGGUAAGGACACAAGAAUUGGGCCCAAGUUCUUGAAUGCUAGUGUGGGUUUUGGUGGAUCUUGUUUCCAGAAAGAUAUUUUGAACUUGGUCUAUAUUUGCGAGUGCAAUGGUCUUCCUGAGGUUGCGAAUUACUGGAAACAGGUAAUUAAGGUAAAUGACUACCAGAAGACCCGCUUCGUGAACCGUGUGGUUUCUUCAAUGUUCAACACAGUUUCAGGAAAGAAGAUUGCAAUUUUGGGAUUUGCUUUCAAGAAAGACACUGGUGAUACUAGGGAGACCCCUGCUAUCGAUGUUUGCAAGGGCUUAUUGGGCGACAAAGCUCAACUGAGCAUAUAUGACCCACAGGUUUCAGAGGACCAAAUUCAGAGGGAUCUCUCUAUGAAGAAAUUUGACUGGGAUCAUCCAAUUCAUCUUCAACCAAUGAGUCCAACAGGUGUCAAGCAAGUUAGUUGUGUUUGGGAUGCUUAUGAGGCUACAAAGGAUGCUCAUGGUAUCUGCAUUCUUACUGAAUGGGACGAGUUCAAAACUCUUGAUUACCAGAGGAUUUAUGAUAACAUGCAGAAGCCUGCAUUUGUUUUUGAUGGCCGUAAUGUUGUAGAUGUUGAGAAGCUGAGGCAAAUUGGGUUCAUUGUUUACUCCAUUGGUAAGCCAUUAGAUGCAUGGUUGAAGGACAUGCCUGCUGUUGCUUAAAAUCCCAAGACUGCAUGACUUUAAGUAGCUUGUGAGUUGUGACUGGUGUUGUGGAAUCGUAUAUGACAGGCAUUAUCAUGUUAUAAUUCUUUUUCCCUUUAGCCAUUUUAUAAUCUCUUCCAGUUUUGCUAUUUGGUUGUUUUUCUUUAUUUUUGUAAGGAUUUCACGGCAGGAUUAUGUUUAGAUCAAUUUCCAUUAGUAGAAAAUUUGAAUAUUUUGUUCUUAUUGGUUUAAUGUAAUAAAGCAGAUCUUGAGAAAUUAUGUGAUGACCUUUGUCCAUUUAA